AUGUCUGCUCCCAACUCUCCGUCGUCGUCUUCCAACAGUUACCUCGAGCAAGGGGCCUCUAUGCUCAGUACUGUUGGCGCGUACAUGCGGCUACCAGCCAUAGCCUCGACGUACGGCAUCAAGGAUUUUGAAGAACUGGUCAUACCCACAAACGAUGGUGAGAAACUGUCUGCAUUCUACAUCCGGGGUCCGCGUGGUGGGAACAACUCCAAUGUCACCAUUCUGAUGUUCCACGGCAAUGCCGGCAAUAUUGGCCACCGUUUGCCGAUUGCCCGCAUGCUCAUAAACUUUAUCGGGUGCAACGUUUUCAUGCUCGAGUAUCGCGGCUACGGCUUAUCGACCGGAGAGCCUGACGAAUCCGGCCUCUUCCUAGACGCGCAAACCGCCCUCGACUACCUACGCUCUCGCGCAGAGACCAGCAACCAUAAGCUGAUUGUCUACGGGCAAAGCUUAGGCGGCGCCGUCAGCAUCAAGCUGGUCGCUAAGAACCAAAAAGACGGGGAUAUCGCUGGAUUAAUCUUGGAGAACACCUUUCUCUCCAUGCGCAAGCUCAUCCCUUCCGUUAUACCGCCCGCCAAGUACUUGACGCUUCUAUGCCAUCAGGUGUGGCCGAGCGAGUCGCUCAUCCCCAGCAUCACGUCCGUACCGAUCCUGUUUCUCUCGGGGUUACAGGACGAGAUUGUACCACCCCGUCACAUGCGCCAACUUUACGAACUGUCUGCUGCGCCCACAAAAAUUUGGAAACCCCUGCCUGCAGGCGACCAUAACUCGAGCGUACUGGAGGAAGGCUACUUCGAGGCGAUCUCGGACUUCCUCGGGAACGUUACCGGCGUGACGAGCAAGGAGGAGAAGCAGCGCCUCUAG